ACAGAAGUUCUUCUUUAUUAUAUAGCUAAACUCUCCUACGUACGUACAGACAUCUCUUUCCCAGCCAUUUUAUGUACAUUGAUUGGGAAUUAUUCUCAAAUCUCAACACCAAGCAAAACCCAGAACAUAUCAUCCUAAGCUCUCUCUCUCUCUCUAACCACAAUGGCACUGAGCAAUAAUGUCAUCGGAGGCAUCAAUUUCAUUGCCAUGCUGCUCUCAAUCCCAAUCAUUGGGUCUGGAUUCUGGCUCUCCACAGAACCAGACAACUCUUGUGUGAAGAUCUUACAAUGGCCGGUAAUCAUUCUGGGGAUAUUGAUCUUGGUUGUAGCACUAGCAGGCUUUGUCGGAGGGUUUUGGAGAGUCCCAUGGCUCCUAAUAUUCUACCUCGUCGCCAUGCUUAUUCUCAUAAUAUUGCUUGCUUGUCUUGUGGUUUUCAUCUACAUGGUCACCCUCAGGGGGUCUGGUCACCCAGCACCGAGCCGGAGUUACUUGGAAUAUCAUCUUGAUGACUUUUCAGGCUGGCUUCGUCGAAGGGUUCAAAGUCCUUUUAAGUGGGAUCGCAUUAGGAACUGUCUUAGUUCGAAAACUUUGUGUGCAGAGUUGAAUCAGAAUUAUCGUAUGGCUCAGGACUUCUUUAAUGCACGUAUUAGCCCCUUACAGUCGGGAUGCUGUAAGCCACCGACGGAAUGCGGGUACACAUUCGUGAAUCCAACGUACUGGAUAAGUCCGAUAAACACGGCGGCAGACAUGGAUUGCCUGCAAUGGAGCAACGAGCAGACGCAGCUUUGCUACAACUGCAAUUCAUGCAAAGCAGGACUGUUGGCGAAUAUAAAGAAAGAAUGGAGAAGAGCAGACAUCAUAUUGCUCAUAACUCUGGUGGCUUUGAUAGCGGUAUAUUUGGUAGGGUGUUGUGCAUUUAGGAACGCCAAAACUGAGGAUCUCUUUACCAGAUACAAGCACGAUAACUAUACGUGAACGUACAUGAUGAAAUUGUCAAAUUCGACCCUCACUGCUGGCUGCACCAAUCACCUGGCUAGCUGAGUGGCGUUUUGGAUAUUUUUCGUGUCUUUGUGUAAGAAGCAUUAAUGCUUUUUUUAUUAUUAUUAUUAUCUCUUUAUUCUUGUUGUUUUCCAUGUCAUUUGGGUAUUUGGGUAUGGACAUAUGCAUUGGGUUUGAUGACAUUGAUAUGAUUGGUGUUGAAAAAAUGAUGAGACGAAUUCGUCAA